AUUUAGGCAGACGUCAAACUUGGUGUGACAGCAUUUUAGAUGUUUCAUCUAGAAGUAAGAUUUGUAAAUGUGUAUUGACAGUUUUUGAUCAUUGAAUAUCACGAUCAAUAUUCUCUCAAUGUUAAAACACUGGUGAAUUGUCAUUAUAUCGUCUCAAAUGUUUCCUAAGCUCUUCUAGUAACAUCCAGGUUAUAUCUACACAGAAACUUGAACACGAGAGAAAAGACGCGAAAUAUGGAUGGACGAAACACUGCAUCAAGAUUCGUUUAUGUACAGAAAGUCUAGGAUAUUUAUAGCAUUUUAGAUGACCUUGUACUUCCUGAUAAUUCUGGCAUGCUAGUAAACAUACUAGAAGAAGGAUAGAUAUUUCUGGCAUCAGUUCUGUUGAAUGCUGCUGAUUGGAUAAGAUGCUUCUCAGUACUUUUAGAGCCUUUUUGUGGGUUUUGCUGGAAGAAUUCUCUAGAAUUCCGCAACAAUACAGUUAAUUUCUAAGAAACACAAUUACACUAGAAAAUUCUCUAAACGUUUGAUGAAACAUUAAAGUGUAGGAUCCAAACUAAUGUUUGGACUGAAGGAUAGCUGUUUACGUGGGUUAGAUAGGUGCCCUUGCUCGUUUGAAACCAAAACAAAGUAACCGGGCUGCAAUCUGUCAAGGCAUAGGCGGAGAUGACGAAAAGACAUCGUUCCUCACGCCGAUUUCUUCUCACUUUGAUGGAACUUUCCAAUCCAACAGUACAUAACCGACUGUUAAUGGGGAUCCAGUCGCUUAGUGCUGCCUCAGCUCUAGCGCUUAGUGCGACACCAACGCCAGAAAGAUCAGACGAAGAUGCACAGGGUCCCCGGAUAAACUCACAUAAAACAAGCUUUUGAAGCGACAGAUGGAGAGCGAAUUUGUAGUACUUCACCAGAGUCUUGUAUACAGGUCUCAACUAGACAACAAACGUCGAUGUUAAGACUUUUACAAAGACAUAGCCAGCCCUAUCUCUUGUCUGACCUGCAUAAGUUUGCGAACGUUGAGGGCAGCCAGUUUGAAUUGUGCGCGUGGCUUCAGAAAAACCGCUUCAGUACUCGUAUUUUGUGGUAGCAUACAAUUUUCAACCAGUCAGUGACUCAAAAACAUUUAGGUAGAGCCGAAUUUCCACCAUAGGCGAGCUGCUGUUUGAGUCGAAAAAUAAGGAUGCACAAAGUGGGAGUAAAAGAGAGUGAAUAAAUGACGUAGUAAAUAAUAAUAAUGACGUGGAUCGUUUGAGUGUUAAUUGAAGCAAGAAAAGUAGUUUCCAUAAAUAUUGACAGUUCAUCAUAUUUGUGUGUGGGCUGUGAUACUGCCCGGGUGCCAGUAUAGGAGCAGGUGGUCUUCUUAGAGAGCCACACCCAGAGCCUUUGACCUAAAGGUCUGACCGACAAGGCUGUGGAGCAUCGUGAGGAGAUGCAGUCCCUUGGUAGCUGGUGACCAACGAUUCAUACGUCAUAUGGAAAAUACACAUUCGUACAUGAUCUAGCCAAAAGUGGUUGUGUAUGUGGGAGGCUGUAAUUAACUGACUGGGCAUAACUCAAGAACGGUAUAUCGUACAAUAAUAAUGAUCUAUGAGUGAAAAUAUGGCUUAUAAUAGGAUCAACAUAAAUGUGACUUGAUUCAAUACAUUCAUUCCAUCUGUGCUACAUAUCACAUUUCUAAGAUGCUUUGUAUACUGGUGAUCCAGUUAUUUCUUUGUAAAGUCAUCAGUUGGACUGGUUCUUUGGAGAAAUCUCUAUCGACAGAAUCACCUAUCAUUCCCAAUGUUUUGUUCUCGGACAUUUUUCAGUGUACUUAGUUAAAUGAUCCAUUAAAAGGUUUAGUAUUGUCUAUUUUAGUGGAUAAAAUACAGCAUCGCUGUCAUGCUGGUUGUCUGAAAGAAACACCUUACUGAUGUCACACCGCUGUAAAGUCAACAGUACGACUUCGCCUUCGGACCUUGGGUUUGUUGCUUUUAGUCUUACCGCUCUUCAACCGACCUGUCUGACAUGGUAGGACCUUGAGGAACGAUUGUUCUAGCCAGUAUAGCUCGAUUGGUUCAUCACGAUAGGCAAGCCCGACCACCACGUCAAGGUAGCAACAACAGUCGGGCUGUUCGGCUAAACGGCUCCGGAAGGACCGGAACACACGUCGUUGCCUUUUUGUCGUUUCUGCCUACGCUCCCACCGACUGCAGCUCAGAUGAAGUGAAAGAUGGUUGAGCCACGUGUUACGUAUGCCCGAACACCGAUUACCGCGACGUGCAAUGCUAACCGGUAUUCGGGAUGGUUGGAAGAAAGUUAGGGGUGGCCAAACCAAAACGUGGCAUCAGUGCUUGAAGUCACUAACGUCUAGUCUGAGCCAUGUUGGGAGAUGCAGACUACUUGGUUGGGGUCCGUGUGACCAUCGUAACCAAUGGUUGGAGACUCUUGGUGACAUGGCUCAGAAUUGAUCACAGUGGCGUCGGUGUAUACACUCUCUGUCUUCCCUUAAAUUAAGAGAUUAAAAUCACUUCAUAUCCUUCUUUCUACGAACCAAUUCUUUCUUCCUAUAAUAUAUCCUUAUUGCCAUCUUUCUUUUAUAUAUUACCACCUCUGAAUUAACUACUUUCAUGAAUCCGAUGUUCAUCUUGUUGUGUUAAUGAGGUAUGGCAACUUGGACUGAUGCAUAUAUGUGCCUGGUCCUACUUUGUAGCUGAAUGACUGACUGACAUAUAUAUAUUCAUAGCGUUCAAGAUGUGUCGAUUUUGACCAUAGAAACUAAUAUUAUCAAGGAAUAGAAAUAUAUAGUGCCUUAUCUGACAUCCAGGCUCUGUGGAGACUAUAUUCAGUUAUUGAGCUUAUCGGACCAAUAAGAUCAUUCAUUAUUUUCAUUUCAAAGUGCUAUCACGUACUCAUUUUCAAUAAACCAACAGUUAAAUAAGUUUGUUCUAUUUCUGUUAUAAUUUGUCCUUUGAAUGCUUAUUAUCUUGGCUUUUUAAUGCUAACUUUUGUAUCUGUUCUUCGCUAAUUGUUAUGUCGGAAAUACGCUAAUCACUUAUAUUCGGAACGAGGGACCUCUGCAAUUAUGACGACGCGAAUGUAGGAACACAAGGACUGGUAUAAAUGAUGAUUACGUAACAUUUAAACACUAUGACAACGUCGAAAAUGAUUCUACUAGGAAGUACACUCAUUUAUAUACUCAUUGUACACACAUUUUUAUUAAUAAUUAAGAUGAAAUCACAUGUAUGAAAAACACUUUGAGUUAUAACAAAUCACAUACUGAGCAUAGUUCAUAUCGUAUAUUAUACAGAAUAAAAUAUCAUACGAGAGAAAAGAAAACGGACAUAAUCUGGAACAAAAAUUCAUCAUGAGUAAAUCUAAUCAAAAAUUGACUUUUCUUUCUAUCAUAUCGAUUUGUAACCAAAUCACUUAUUUUAUUGUUUUGUACAAUGUUCGCUUAACCAAAGUUCAAUGAAGCAAUUAAUGAAUUUCGUUAUAAAUUUGUGUAAUUUUAUUGUAUGGAUCAUUAGUAAUACUGAACAUUCGAAUAAUUCCAUUUGAAAUUGGAAUUAGUGAUUGUGGAAGGUGAAUUGUUCACAAAUCUUCAUUGAAGUUACUUAAAAGAUGUCAACAUUCGCAUUUGAUGAUGUGUUGGCGGUAACCAAUCAAAAUAAAUCUCAUUGCAUCUUCCAUAGGCUUGCACAUCCAAUUGUUCUCAGUGGUCUCAUUUUAACAUUUAUAGGUUUACUUAUUGGAUCAUUAAUCAUAUUGAUUAAGAAACUACAUUCCACAUCCAUAAUAAACAUUUGCUUUAUGGCUAUAACGUUGAUAAUUAUGAUUAUUGGUGUUGGAUUACUAAAUUCACCUACAAAAUGGUAUGAAAUAAUUAUUUCUGUAACUGUGGAUACCACGUUGGCCACCUUAGCGAUUUUAUUGGGUGUAAAGCUACAAGGUCCAGAAAGAAAAUUGAAGAUAGUCUUGUUCUCGAUAUGGUGUGUGUUUGGGGGCAUUGGAAUCAUUUUAUUGAUUAUAGGGGCGGCACUUUGCAACUAUAUUGUACUAGGUGUAGCCUGGAUUUAUUGGUGCUGUGCAAUGUUGAUUGUGAUUGUAGACACAGCAUAUUAUUUGGAUAGAUCCAGUGAAGAAGAACAGUCGCAUGUUAUGUACAUUCUUUUCUUAUGGUCUUAUGAAUAUAUCGCAGUAAUUAUCAGUUCACAGUUUUGUUUAAAUUCAUUCAUCGAUUGUCAUCCGUGCAAUAAGACAAUGAAUAACACAAUGAUUGGACAUUAUGAAUAGAUGCUAUUCCAUUGAAUGUUUUUAUAUGUUUGACGAUUAUUGUAAACCACUUUGUUAUUUAUAAUAGACGUUCUGUUAAAUAGACGUUCGCCUCUUGGAUUAAGUUCCUGAAUUGAAAAUAUCCGUUUAAAAGGCAAACAGACAUUGAAGCACAUUUCGAUUGUACUUGAAAUUACAACAAACCAAAUUGACUGAAAUGAUUUGUUCAACGAUUGUAUUCCACAAAGACACACGUAUCGUGACAUUGAGAAAUCACGUAUUUUCAGUGAUUGGUUUUGUAAGUCUGACAUGGCUCAAGCUGUAUCAGUCAGUGAUUCAGUCAGUUACAACAUAGGACCAGGCAUGUAUAUGGAUCGAUCGAAGUUGCCAUACCUCAUUAACACAACAAGAUGAACACCGAAUUCAUAGAAGUGGUUAAUUCAAUGGUGGUAUUAUAUAAAAGAAAGAUUGUAUGUAAGGACAUAGUACAAGAAGAAAGAUAUAAAGCAAUUUUAAUCUUACAGUUGAAGGGAAGACAGAGAGUGUAUACACCUACACCACGUGGAUUCAAACCAAGUGCUGAAUGGUUUCGAUUGGUCCUCUAGACAACAUCAACCGCCUUGAUUACAACUAGAAGUAGGCAAGGAAGAUUUCUUGUCUUAAUAGUAGCAUACAGUGUCUUUCGAACUGGACAUUCACUGUUUGGAUACAAGUACAUCUAGCUGAUGAGUUCCAAAUAGAAUGAAACCAACUUCCUGGAUUCCACUGCUAAACACACCAUAUCUAUUCUAUAAAAACUUGUGACAAUGAAUAUACCCAGAUAAUUUGAAUAGGAUUUGCAUAUACGAACUAAAUCUGAUCAAAGUCCAGUCCAAAUAAAAACUAAGAGGUGAUCCAUUCAAUUAAAAAUUGAAUUAAAAUCGAUGGGAGCUUAAAUAUAUAGUCCGUAUAUUGAAUGCCAAUAAAGCUUUCGCGGUGUGUGCAUCACCGAUAACCAUAUAAAGCUGAGAAAAUGAUCUUUGGAAUUUUCCUACAACGUGUAUGUUUACAAAAGUGUUUUGUUCAUUUCCUUUCCCUACCAUAUCCUUCACGAACUAUCAGUAACAAAAAUGACCAUUUUUUCAGCCCAUUACUUUGAAUAGUUAUCAAUAUUAUCUCCAUGGUUACGUUCAUCGUUUUAUUUUAUCCUCAUUUUACACAUUAUUCACAUGAC